AUGAAGCUAGACACUAGGGCUAUGAGGCAUUUGGCCUCGGAAGACUGGAGAGUUCUUACUGCCGUUGAAAUGGGCAGCAAAAAUCACGAAGUUGUGCCCACUCCAUUGAUAGAAAAGAUUGCCCGCUUGCGAGGUGGAGCUAGCGGUGUACGCAGGAGUAUAUCGGCACUCGCCAAAGUUGGCCUUAUCGCCAGAGUCAAGGAAGCCAAAUACGACGGCUACCGGUUAACCUACGGGGGUCUCGAUUAUCUCGCUCUGCACACCCACGCCAGCCGCAAAGAUCUUUAUAGUGUCGGAAACAGGAUCGGCGUUGGAAAAGAGAGUGAUAUCAUGGUUGUUGCGGACCAGACGGGCACACAGCGUGUUUUGAAAAUCCAUCGAUUGGGAAGAAUAUCCUUCCGAACCGUAAAAUCCAACCGCGAUUAUCUAAAGAAUCGGGCUUCAGGCUCAUGGAUGUAUCUUUCAAGACUAGCAGCCAUGAAAGAAUAUGCCUUCAUGAAAGCUUUACAUGAAGAAGGGUUUCCUGUUCCAGUUCCGCUGGCACAGUCUCGACAUACAAUUGUCAUGACACUGGUGGACGCUUUCCCACUGCGACAAAUUUCCGAUGUUCCGGACCCUGCAUCUCUUUACGCGGACUUGAUCGCUCUGAUUCUUCGCUUUGCCAAUCAUGGGUUGAUCCACGGGGAUUUCAACGAGUUCAACAUCUUAAUAAAGGAGGAGAAGACUGUGUCGGAAAGCGGCGAGGAAUCUUUGAAGCUUGAGCCGGUUGUCAUUGACUUCCCUCAGAUGGUGUCUACGGAGCACCAGAACGCUGAAAUGUACUUCGACAGAGAUGUUGAAUGUAUCAAAAGAUUCUUCUCAAGAAGAUUCCACUUUACCAGCACAACUCCGGGGCCCUUCUUCAAAGACUCGAAGAAGAAACUAGCCAAAGGUGGUUUUACAAGACUGGAUGCAACUGUAGAGGCGUCUGGCUUCACAAAGAAAAUGUUGAAGGAUCUUGAAACUGCAAUUAAAGAUCAGGUCACGAAGAGGGGAGAGGAUGGAGUUUCAGAGGAGUUUGACGACGACGACGACGACGAUGAUGAAGUUGGAUCUGAGGACGACGAUGACAAAAGUGGAGAUGACGAGAAAGACGACGGUGGCAUUUUGGGUCCGCAUAGUCAUGAGAGAACGCUGAGUACUGGCGCCAAAGUCGAUGACGAAUGGUCUGCUGCUGACGCCCAACCUCUACUUAAUGAGGAUCUGUCGAAGUUGACAGUAUAG